CCCGCCCGCCUCUCGAAGCACCCAGCUCCAGCCCGGCGGGAUCCGCGGACUCGGCGACCCGUGCGGGCUAGCCCGCUCUCCUGCCGCUGCGGCGGCGGGCGCGGGGCCGCGCGGAGAGGCCGGAUCCCUGCAGCGCGGGCAGGCGGCGUCGCAGAACCCAGCCAGCCAGACGCGCCAGGACUCACGACUCCUGCAGAUUCCAGUCUGCUCUUGUAUGGCCUUCGGUGUUGGAAUGUGUGUCAGCUUGGAGAAAGCAGAUAAUAUCUGAGAAACCUAGAAGAUUCAUAGGUUAGAGCCACAGUGACACAUCCCCUAACCCAGUGUCUGGAGGAACUGCCUGGAGGUUUGUCGCUUGGAGUCCUCGUGGCAUCUUGAUUAUGGUAGCCCUGCGGGUAAAGGAGUCUUCAGUGAAUUAGAGCAGCUCACGAUUCUAUCAAGACACAGGGGGACCCAGAUGAAGAGUCUACCACUGUCUAGUCUGUGAACUUGACUUCACAGCAUCUGCUUUGACUUGGACAACCAGAGGACCACCUCCUUGUCUUCCUUGAGCUGCUAAAUGCCUGUGCGUACUCCACACUCCAGCAAGGGAAGACGGGUGGAGCUUCUUGGAUGAUGAUGGACGUGCCACUGUGCAGGAUGAGGGCAGGCUGUGUGACAUCGCCACCACGAGGGUUCAGCGUGAACUUCUGUGUCUCCCUUCCGGGCCAGCACUCUGCCUUCUCAAUCCAUCAUGGUGUUUGGUGAGUUUUUCCAUCGCCCUGGACAAGAUGAGGAACUUGUCAACUUGAACGUGGGGGGCUUUAAGCAGUCCGUGGAUCAGAGUACGCUCCUGCGGUUCCCUCACACACGACUGGGGAAGCUGCUUACCUGUCACUCUGAGGAGGCCAUUCUGGAGCUGUGUGAUGAUUAUAGUGUGGCGGAUAAAGAGUACUAUUUUGAUCGGAACCCCUCCCUCUUUCGAUACGUCUUGAACUUCUACUACACAGGGAAGCUGCACGUCAUGGAGGAACUGUGUGUCUUCUCCUUCUGCCAGGAGAUCGAGUACUGGGGCAUCAACGAGCUCUUCAUUGACUCUUGCUGUAGCAGUCGAUACCAGGAGCGCAAGGAGGAGAGCCACGAGAAGGACUGGGACCAGAAAAGCAAUGAUGUGAGCACAGACUCCUCCUUUGAAGAAUCGUCUCUGUUUGAGAAAGAGCUGGAGAAGUUUGAUGAGCUGAGGUUCGGUCAGCUCCGAAAGAAGAUCUGGAUUCGAAUGGAAAACCCAGCGUAUUGCCUGUCGGCCAAGCUCAUUGCCAUCUCUUCACUGAGUGUGGUAUUGGCUUCCAUCGUGGCCAUGUGUGUGCACAGCAUGUCGGAAUUCCAGAACGAGGAUGGAGAAGUGGAUGACCCUGUGCUGGAAGGUGUGGAGAUUGCCUGCAUUGCAUGGUUCACCGGGGAGCUGGCCAUCCGUCUGGUUGCUGCGCCAUCACAAAAGAAGUUCUGGAAAAACCCUCUGAACAUCAUUGACUUUGUCUCCAUCAUUCCCUUCUAUGCAACGUUGGCUGUGGACACCAAGGAAGAAGAGAGUGAGGACAUUGAGAACAUGGGCAAGGUGGUCCAGAUCCUACGGCUCAUGAGGAUUUUCCGAAUUCUGAAGCUCGCUCGGCACUCUGUAGGGCUCCGGUCUCUAGGGGCCACCCUGAGACACAGUUACCACGAAGUGGGGCUACUGCUUCUCUUCCUUUCUGUGGGCAUCUCCAUCUUCUCUGUGCUUAUCUACUCUGUGGAGAAAGAUGAACUCGCAUCCAGUCUCACCAGCAUCCCCAUCUGCUGGUGGUGGGCCACUAUCAGUAUGACCACAGUGGGCUAUGGAGACACCCACCCAGUCACCUUAGCUGGGAAAAUCAUUGCAAGCACAUGUAUUAUCUGUGGCAUCUUAGUGGUAGCCCUUCCCAUCACCAUCAUCUUCAACAAGUUUUCCAAGUACUAUCAGAAGCAGAAGGACAUGGAUGUGGACCAGUGCAGUGAGGACCCACCGGAGAAGUGCCACGAGCUACCUUACUUUAACAUUAGGGACGUUUAUGCCCAGCAAGUACACGCCUUCAUCACCAGUCUGUCUUCCAUUGGCAUCGUGGUCAGCGAUCCUGACUCUACGGAUGCUUCGAGCGUUGAAGACAAUGAGGAUGUCUACAACAGCUCAUCCCUGGAGAACUGUACUGCAAAAUGAGCAGGGGCGUUUGCACUUAGAGCUUGUGUCCCUUCGCGACAUUAGGUUAACACAGCUUUAUAAACCUCAAUGGGUUUGUUCAAAUAAAUCAUUUAAUUCUCAGGGUGUACCUUUUAGCCAUAGUUGGACAUUCAUUGCUGAAUUCUGAAUUGAUAGAAUUAUCUUUAUUUUUCUCAGUGAGAUCAAUUAAAAUGCCUUGUUCUGAAAUUUAUUUUUUACAAGAGAGAGUUGUAAUACGGUUUUUUUUGGGGGGGGAAAGUAAAUGAUAUUGGGAAGGAUUUCUUGCUACGGCUUACACAUCAUUCUGUAUUUGCCAUUCACUCACAUUGAGCUAACUACAAAUUACUGAUGAUAGAGCAGAGGCCCAGCUGACUGAAGAUGACAUGCAUGUAAGAUCUACAACAUGAGACAAUGCAUGUAAAUCCAUGUUCAUGUUCCAGACAUGGGAAUUAGGAGCCCAAUAAACUUCUGAUUCGGUAUGGAGAA